CCCUCGUAUAUGGGUCAUCAUCGUAUCGGCCCAUGCACCAUGACGUAUCAGCGCUACGCCCGCUCAUUGCUCAAGCUGUGGGAAGAAAGUGGGUCACAAUUUGGACACUAUGAUCCAUUAAAUUUUGUGAGUGCUUGUGCCCAGAUGGCGGGGCGGUUCGUGGAGGUCGGGGCUCAGGAUGGGGAAUUUAUGUCCUUCACAGCACACCUCGACCGCCGGGGCUUCGAGGGGCUGCUUAUUGAACCCAACCCCAGGGUAAUUACCGGUGAUUACCGUGCUCCUGUUGGGUUAAUUACCGUACCUAUGAAGAUGCCGUUAUGGUUACGGCACAAUUCCGGCAACUUACCGCCGCUGCUGAACCGGGUGCAGGAAGGCAGCAAUAGACUACUAACUUACGUUGCUAAGGAGGACCAAGAGCUGGGCUACCAAGUGAUGGUGCAGUGCCUCCCCCUCACCACCAUGAUCCAGGCCGCCUUCCGCACCACUCAGGUGGAUCUCCUCACAAUCUCCACGCACGGUGGAGAGCUGGAUAUUCUCUCCACCAUCGUCAAGGAUGUCCUUAUUCGGAUGUUGGUGGUGAUGGCACCGAUGGCAAGUGAAGAGGAGAUGACGUUCCUCAAGAACGUCACGCAGAGCAUGAACCAUACGAUGAUAUACAGCAAGUCUAAUGUGCACAUCUUCCUGCCCAGCGCUGAAGUGCAAAUCACGGCGGUGUGAAGUGCUGAAGUGCAAAUCACGGCGGUGUGAAGUGCUGAAGUGCAAAUCACCGCGGUGUGAAGUGCUCUGAUGUGCACAUCUUCCUGCCUAGUGCUGAAGUGCAAAUCACGGCGGUGUGAAGUGACAAAAAGCACUUCAAACGGCGGUGUGAAGUGCUGAAGUGCACAUCACGGCGGUGUGAAGUGCUGAAGUGCAAAUCACGGCGGUGUGAAGUGCUGAAGUGCAAAUCACGGCGGUGUGAAGUGAAGUGCACAUCACGGCGGUGUGAAGUGCUUUAAGUGCACAUCACGGCGGUGUGAAGUGCUUUAAGUGCACAUCACGGCCGUGUGAAGUGCUUUAAGUGCACAUCACGGCGGUGUGAAGUGCUUUAAGUGCACAUCACAGCGGUGUGAAGUGCUUUAAGUGCACAUCACGGCGGUGUGAAGUGCUUUAAGUGCACAUUACGGCGGUGUGAAGUGCUUUAAGUGCACAUCACCGCGGUGUGAAGUGCUUUAAGUGCACAUCACGGCGGUGUGAUGUGCGUUAAGUGCACAUCACGGCGGUGUGAAGUGCUCUGAAGUGCACACUACAGCUGUUUGAAGUGCUUUACAAAUUAUAAAAUAAAUUUACAGACAAGCAAUGGUCUUCCUAUAAAAUAUCAAGUGCAUCGUAUACAUUUACAGACCUUCUAGGUAUAGACCAUACAAAGUAUAGGGUCAUUUACAGACCUUAGUAUGUAAAUGGUCUAUAAAUAUAAUGUACUUUUCACGGCACGCGCUAAGACCAAAUUAGCAAUUCGGAAAAAAAUGUCAAUCUCAAGCAGUAAUAUAAUUGAAUUAUUGAACAAAAACUAUUCAACGAUGGUAUAGAAAUGUUGUUUAAUCAUAAAAAAAUUAUCUAUGUUAUUUUGACAUGGAAAAGUUCGCACAACAAUCAUGCUAUACCCUCGACAUGCGUGUGCAAAACAUUUUAGUUAACUUAAUAGUUUUUAAUCUUGUUAAUAAUUUUUUUAAAAAUCAUUGAUUGUU